AUGAUGUCCGUUGGCUUAAGCCAAGAAGAUGUUCACCCUUACCUUCAAGAUGGGCUUUCGAUUGCCUGCGUCAACAGUCCUGUUAAUGUGACUCUAUCGGGACCAGUUGACGCCAUCGAGAAGCUCCUGAGCAAGCUGGAUAGCGAGGAAAUCUUUGCCAGAAAGCUCUCAGUUGAAGUUGGAUACCAUUCAAAAACUAUGGAGGCAGUCGCUGCGGAGUACCAACAAAAGAUUCAAGACAUUCAUGCUCCGCCACAAGAUGGCAACAGGGCCUCUCAAAAGCUGUCGUCGAUUGCACUGUACUCAUCCACGACAGGAGAGCUCGUGCCGCAUCUCACGAUGAUUGACCCGGCAUACUGGGUACGCAACUUGGUGUCGCCUGUUCUCUUUUCCAAUGCUAUCUCAUCUAUGAGCGAAGCCAAGCAAGGCGCACGUCAGUUCUUGGUGGAGAUCGGGCCACAGUCCGCUCUGCGGCGCCCAGUUCAAGACACACUGAAUCGCGUCAUUGGAAAGACCUCCUCAGAGAAAUGGCGAUAUUCCUGCGUUCUGAAGAAGGAUGGAAACGAUGUCAAGUCCCUGUUGGAAACCAUCGGAUCCAUGUGGACAGCAGGCAUCCCAUUCAACUCGAGUAAAUUGAACGCGGAUUCAAUCCAGCCCAGUCGUAAACCACGGCUGAUGGUCGACCUUCCUGGAUAUCCGUUCAACCGCUCACGAGAGCUUUGGGAGGAAAGCCGACUAAGCCGCAACUAUGCGAAUCGACCUUACCGCCGCCACGCUCUACUUGGUGUUCGAGAUCGAGAUUGGAAUACCGAGGAACCAAGCUGGAGACACUUCAUACGAUCGCAAGAGAAUCCAUGGAUCUUGGACCACGCCUUGAAUGGGUCUCCCCUUUAUCCCGGCGCGGGAAUGCUUGUCAUGGCCAUAGAGGCCGCACGACAACUCGCAGCUGCUGUGGAGUCUCGCAUCGUUGGGUAUCAACUAGACAACGUGCGUUUUCUCCGCGCCAUCAACGUCAGUGACUCAGAACGAGGAACCGAGGCGAAGGUCGUGUUGCGGCGGCGGAGGCAAGCUACCAACACCAGCGGUCAGAUGCUCUGUUACGACUGGCGCGUCUUUGGCACGAACGGCGACAACUGGGAUGAGUGUGCCUACGGCAGUAUCAAAGUUGAGUUGGAACCCGAGCAAGGUGUGACACCUGAGCAGGCGGCUCUCUGUGAAGCUCGCCGUGCUCGCUUCGCUAGCACCAUCUAUAACGAACUGCAAGAAGAUGCGGAACAAUGCCGUUUGAGUGUUCACCACAGCCAGCUUUACAAGAACAUGUCGAGACGUUCUGGCUUUGACUACGGGCCGUACUUCCAGCUUCUCAGGAAUAUCGGGUACGACAGAGAUGGCCAUGCUACUGCUACUCUAUCCCUGAGAGACUACACCAAGACGAUGCCAUUCGCCGGAGAAGAUCCAUGCGUUGUGCAUCCAAGUACUCUGGACGCGAUUUGCCAUCUCCAGAUGGUGGCGCUAUCACAGGGUGGAUGGUACGCCGUUCCCACCAUGAUGUUCUCUCACCUUCGAAAGCUUUGGGUGUCACAUCAGCUUUUCCGUGCCCAGGACAACCCUCAACUCAAGGUCGCAACUCAUGAGACCAUGAGAGCUUUCAGAGAGGCGGAGUGUCGGACGACAGCCAUGCUUGCUGAGACCUCCGAGCCCGUUAUCAUUUUGGAUGGUCAGCGCGGCACCGCUAUCUCAAGUUUGUCAAAGACGAACGCGGGCAUUGGCUCUGACAAGGACUCCAAACAGUUGUUCUACAGUCUUGAUUACAAGCCAGAUCUGUCGCUUCUGACUGAAACUGAAAAGAGCAAGUACCUCACCAACGCCUUCGAGCAAGAUCCUCGGUGCAAGGCCCCGGAUAAAGGAAUAAUUGACCGCGCCGACGCCAUUGCACUUCAUUUCAUCGAAGCCGCUCUGAGCGAGAUUGAUCAAGAUGACCAGGCCACCAAGUACGAUGGUCAUCUGGAGCGUUAUAUGGCAUGGAUGCGCCGAGUUCGUCAGAGCAGAGAGAAGUGGACGCUGGAGUCUCGAGGACUCGGCGGCUUGGAUAUCCAGGAUAUUCUGGAGGAAGCUGACUCUGAGCCCACGCAGAGGCUUACCAAGAAAGUUGGCGAGCAUCUGAACCGCAUCUUGAGAGGAGAGGAGAACGCCCUGCAAAUCAUAUUCGAGGGCAAUCUGGCAGAUGAAUUCUACCAUUCAAACAUCUUUUCAACCAAUAAUAGCAAGAUGGGUGCCUAUAUGAACAUCCUGUCUCACGCGCAGCCAAAUAUCCGCGUGUUAGAGGUUGGUGCUGGCACGGGGAGCUCGACUGGUCGGAUCCUCCCAUACUUAUCGGUGGAUGGGGAAGAAUGGGGUCCUUCCAAACCUGUUCGCUUUGGCGAGUAUGUCUACACGGACGUGUCAGCCGGCUUCUUCGAGAAAGCCCGCGAGCGUUUCUCCUACGCCGCAGACCACAUGACAUUUCGAAAGCUCGAUCUCGAACAAAACCCAUUCUCUCAAGGCUUCGAAAAGGCAAGUUACGAUGUUGUUGUUGCGGGUAACGUUCUCCACGCAACAAGCGAUUUGAUCCAGACCCUUCGAUACGUUCGAAGCCUCCUGCGCCCUGGCGGUGUCCUCAUCCUUGGCGAGACGGUGAACCUCGACAACGUUCGCGACGGCCUCAUCUUUGGUCUCUUGCCUGGCUGGUGGCUGCGAGACGGGCAGUGGUGGUCUACGAAUGAGGAGUACCAAGAUCAAGGCCCUCUGUUGACCGAAAAGCAGUGGGAUGUCGUCCUACGUGAAGCUGGGUUCCCCGGAGUCCAGAUGACGUUCAGGGAUCAUGAAGAAAAGCCGCAUCAUCGUGUGUCAGUCAUGAUGACCUCAAAGGUUGAAGACGAAACCACAAGCGAAGAUUACGUCAACGUUGCGCCUGAUCAACCAUGCGAAAGCUCAAGUUAUGGAAUUAUUAUUUAUCCAUCAUCUGACAUCCAGAGAGUUGUUGCUGAGACGCUUCGGGAGACUCUUACAAAGGAAUUGGAAGUUCGCGCACCAGAAGUCAUCAACAUGGACGAUAUCCUCUCAAACACCACCCAGCUUCGAGACAGGAUCAUCGUCAGCCUUCUCGAGCUCGAAGGCUCCAUCCUCAAAGACAUUUCCGAGCCUACCUUCGCCGCCACCAAGAAGAUCUGUCUCGACACCAAAUCAACCCUCUGGGUAACUCGCGGCGCCAGCCCCAACGCAUCAGUUCCCGCGUCAGACAUAACUACAGGCUUUGGGCGAAGCGUCUGCUCCGAAAGAGGCGACCAAAACUUCACAACCCUGUCCUUGUCCACGAGUCCCACGGCCAUCUCCAUCCCGACCAUCGUCGACCACAUCACCCACGUCCUCAAGCAUCACCGUCCAGGUCUUGACAACGAAUCUGAGUUCUCAGAAACAGCAGACGGCAUUCUCUGCAUCCCACGUCUCACCCCAACCUCACACCUCGAGCAAACCCUCUCCCGACGCCACAAGUUUCCAGAACCCAAAACCUACAACACCAUCACGCCUACCCCAGCCAAGCCUCACAUUUCGGCAAGUAUCGAAACCCCAGGUCUCCUUGACACACUAUUCUACGCCGAGUCUUCCCAAGAUUCUGGCGAUCUAGCCGACGGCGACGUCGAGAUCGAGAUCAAAGCAACAUCUCUCAACUUCAAAGACGUCAUGAUCGCCCUCGGCCAGAUACCGGGGCGCUCCUUCGGGUUCGACGGCGCGGGCAUAGUCUCUCGCACCGCGCGAAACAGUGCCCUCCGCCCCGGCGAUGCUGUCCUCUUCUGUUCGUCCAAGGGCGGUGGCUUCGGCACAUUCGUGCGCUGCCCGGAGCUCCAGACGGAGAAGAUCCCGCAGGGGAUGAGCUUCCAUGUCGCGGCGGCGAUACCAGCUGUCUGGUCGACGGCGGUGUACUCGCUAGAUCACAUCGCAAGACUGCAGAAGGGGGAGACGGUGCUGAUUCACUCCGCCGCGGGUGGCGUGGGACAGGCUGCUGUGCAGCUCGCGUUGCUGAGGGGCGCCGAGGUAUUCGCGACAGUGGGAAACGAGGCCAAGCGGCAGCUCGUGAAGGAUCUGUUUGGGUUGAAUGAUGACCACAUCUUCAACAGCCGCGACGAUACCUUCGCCGAGGACGUUCUUCACGCUACAAAGAACCGCGGCGUGGAUGUUGUCCUCAACUCGCUUGGCGGCGAGCUGCUCAGGCAGUCGUGGGAAUGCAUCGCGCCCUUUGGACGGUUCAUCGACAUUGGCAAGGCGGACAUCAUCGCGAACAACACGCUACCCAUGGGCCCAUUCAAUAAGAACGUCACGUUUUCCUCGGUGGACCUUGUGGUUGUCCACGAGGAGGCGAAGCCGCUGAUGAAGAGGAUAUUGCAAGAUGUCGUGCGUCUCUUUGAGGAGCAUCCAGGGCUGGCUGAGCCUAAGCCGCUGCACGUAUUCUCCCCGUCGAAACUUGAGGAGGCUAUGAGGUUUCUUCAAGGGGGCAAGAACACCGGUAAGGUUGUGAUUGAUUUUGAUGCGUCUGACGAGGUCAUCUACCGGCCUUCGCCACAACCGGGAAUGAAAUUUAGGGGUGAUGCGACGUAUAUUGUCAGCGGUGGGCUGGGUGGUUUGGGCCAGGAGAUUGUGAGGUGGAUGGUCAGUCGUGGAGCGAAAAAUCUGCUGCUGCUAUCAUCUCGCGGAGCCCAGGGGCGAGCGGACGCGAUGAAGUUCAUCAACGAACUCGAAGGCACCCACGAGGUCAAGAUGCUCGCACCAGCAUGCGACAUAACCAACCGCGCCCUCCUCGCCGAGACGCUUCGCCAGGCCAGAGAGACCCUCCCCCCGGUCAGAGGCUGCAUCCAAGCAGCGAUGCUCCUGCGCGACGACAUGCUCGCCAACAUGUCCGCCGCCACCUUCCACGCCGCCCUCGACCCGAAAUACCUCGGCUCCCAGAACCUACACGAGCUGCUCCCCCCGGACCUGGACUUCUUCAUCAUGCUGUCCUCCUUCUGCGGGAUCAUGGGCAACCGCGGCCAGAGCAACUACGCCGCCGGAAACGCCUUCGAGGACGCCCUCGCGCGGCACCGGGUCGCGCGCGACCUCAAGGGCGUGGCCGUCGACCUGAUGCUGGUCGCCGAGGCCGGGUGGGCCAACGUCAACUACGAGUCCGUCACGCAGAGCCUGCGGGCCGGCCACGGCGGUCUGACGCAGGCGCAGCUCAUGGCUUUGCUGGAGAUGCUGUGCGACCCGGCGUACGACUGCUCGCGGCCCGGGGCGGCGCAGGUUGUGAAUAUGGUCGACAGCCCUGCGGAGCUGGCGCGGAUGACGGGGUUGGGGCUGUUGGACUGGAUGCAGAAGCCGAUUUUCAACAAUCUCUUGCGCAUGGGCGAGACGGACGACAGUGACGCGGCCGGCGGGCGCCGGGCAGCUGGAGAUGAUAAGGGUGAAGAGGUUGAUUAUCUUGGUCUUGUCAGGACGGCGGCGAACUUGACUGCGGCAGGAGAGGUUGUCACACAGGGCCUGGUGCAGAAGCUGGGAAAGAGCUUAUCUGUACCGGCCGAGACACUUGAUGUUGGGAAGCCUGCGUAUGUUGUUGGCGUGGACUCGCUGAUUGCGGUCGAGGUGAGAUACUGGUUCAUGAAGCGGCUGAAUGUUGAGGUGCCCGUGUUUGAGAUCUUGAAGAACCAGAGUAUCACGGAGUUGUGCCAGCAGGUUGCGUCAAAGGUUCUUCAGGGGACAGCUAAAUAG